ACGGCCAAUUUCAACCAAACUUACCAUGAAGCAUCCUUGGAAAUGAAUGAGUCAAAACAAAAUGGUUACUCGGAGGGAGAACCAUUGUCAUGGAAACAACAGGAAGCGGAAGCUCUCUCCUCAGACGGUUCUGCGACAACUUCAAGUGAUGGGCCGAAAAUGAAACAACGGGAAGUAUGGGCGAACAAAAUGGACUUCCUAUUAGCUUGCAUUGGGUUCUCUGUAGGCCUGGGAAAUGUGUGGCGGUUUCCUUUUCUGUGCUACAGAAAUGGCGGUGGUGCUUUUCUAAUCCCCUACUUUACGGCCGUUUUCCUGGGUGGCAUACCCGUGUUUUUCCUAGAAGUGUCUCUGGGACAGUUCAUGUCAGAGGGUGGUAUAGGGACAUGGAAGAUAGCGCCCUUAUUCCAAGGAAUUGGCUUCGCAUGCACAAUUAUUGUGUUUUUACUUAAUUGCGAGUACAACAUCAUCUUGACCUGGACUUUUUAUUACCUAUUCUCCUCAUUCAAUUCCGUUUUACCCUGGUCCCACGGAGACAAUGAAUGGAACACAGAAAUUUGUCGUCAGGCGACAAGAAAUUUAUCCGCCACCAACGCCACAAGCCUUGUUUCAGUGGUCAAUACCACAAUGUCUGCUGUAGCAGAUUCAGUUGCCAAUGUCACCAACACGACCAAAGUGGGAAAAUGUGAUCCUGUCACGGAAUUUUGGGAGAGAAAAGUGCUGCAACUCUCCAGCGGUGUGGACCACGCUGGGACCGUCAAGUGGGAUCUGGCCCUCUGUCUACUGUUAGCUUGGAUAGUCGUCUAUGGCUGCAUUUGGAAGGGCAUUAAAUCUUCGGGAAAGGUCAUGUACUUUACUGCCACAAGCCCUUACCUUCUGAUGCUCAUACUACUUAUCCGUGGGGCAACGCUUGAUGGGGCUGAAGAGGGCUUAAAGUUCUAUUUACUUCCGGAUUGGUCAAAGUUGAAUGAACCACAGGUGUGGGUGGACGCCGGAACACAAAUCUUCUUUUCCUACUCGAUCAGCUUGGGAACACUGACUGCACUGGGAAGCUACAAUAAAUUCCGACAUAAUUGUUACAGAGAUGCUUGGAUUUUUGCGGCUGUCAACAGUUUUACUAGUAUUCUUGCCGGGCUCGUCAUUUUCUGCGUCUUGGGGUUCAUGGCCAAGGAGCAGGGUGUUUCUGUUGCAGAUGUUGCUGAAACAGGUCCAGGACUAGCAUUUAUCGCGUAUCCCACUGCCGUAGCACAGAUGCCUGUCGCUCCCCUGUGGUCAAUUUUAUUCUUUAUAAUGAUAGUCUUGCUGGGACUUGAUAGUCAGUUUGUUGGAGUUGAGGGUUUUGUUACUGCUUGUGUAGAUAUGUAUCCACAUUAUUUACGAAGAGGAAAACGGCGGGAAAUUUUCACCGCGAUCGUCUGCUUAAUUUGUUUCUUUAUUGGACUCUCAAUGGUGACAGAGGGCGGAAUGUAUGUAUUUCAGUUAUUCGACUACUACUCAGCCAGCAGAAUUGUUCUCGUUGUUGCCUUCUUCGAGUGCAUCGUGGUAGCUUACAUAUACGGUGUUAAUCGUUACUAUGACAACUUAGAAAUGAUGUUUGGUUUCCGAAUCACACCACUGAUGAAGUAUUUCUGGCUUUUCAUCACUCCUAUUUUUACGCUUACGACCUUCAUAAUGGGAGCCAUCAGCUACUCUGAACUUACCUACAAAAGGAAAACUCUUGAGUACCUCUAUCCGUCAUGGGCCAUUGGAGUCGGUUGGAUACUGGCUUUAGUGUCAGUCGUUUGGAUUCCUAUCAUAUUUGUGAAGAGACUAUUAAAUGUGGAGGGAACACUUGCCCAGCGGUUGAUGAUAACUACACGACCCAUUUUGAAACGGCAUCAACUGCGUCAAGGCGAGGACCUAAGUAAAGUCUUUCUGGACGAAAGUGGUUCUUUUGAGCCGGGCGCAAUGACCAGUCAUGACGACAUCGUUCCUAAUGAACCUUUGCUGGCCAACAGUGUUGAAUUACAGAAACUUCAAAAUCAACAGAAACUUCAGAAUGAACAGAAUGAGACAGACAAUGUAUAGUGUUGUUACAAAUGUUCAGCUGUUUUACAGAUUUCAAUGCAACUUUGUUCACCAUUCACAAAUGAUCACGCUCACGAACUGUUUGUCAUUAUAUAGCUAUCAGGAACUUACUAGUAACAUUUGGCAGCAUGCAGUGAGAUUACAUGAAAUGUACCAUAUGCCAAGUCGGACAUCGCGUCAUUGUACCUUUCAGAUAACAAAAGAUCUGCUAAAGAGGUUCUAGAAUUUUACGAGGAAGUUACUUGGAAACUCGCUGACUCUUCCGUUUGAUCUCGGAAAACACUGUAUUUAUUGUCUUGUCGUUGUAUUGUAAUUGAUAGUUUUUGAUAACAUGCAUUCUUUUCUUUAGUUUACGAAAAUGUACUGCCAGCGAUUUUAUUCUUAAGUUUCGUUUAUUUUAUUAGAAGUCUUUAACUGGGUUUGUCUUUUAAACAAAGAUCUGAUCUUUUACUUGUCUAUGUGUGCCUGCAUUGCUAUUGGUAAUAUGAUGUAUGUUUAUUUGUAUUAUGGUUUUAUACAAUUUUAACAACGUAUGUGCUGUGUAACAUUUUCUUUCAUAUUUGAUCGAACUAAGUUUUGUGGGGCAUUCCAUAAAUGACAGUAUUGUUGGUUGAAGACUCCAAGAAUCUUGUAAAUAUUUGAUUUAGUUCCAAGAAGUUAUAAUGAAGUGAAAAUAAAAAAAUGUUUCACCGGUA